ACCUUAUCUCGAGAUACGCCGCCCUCUAUCUACAAGUAUCUCUCUUCUUCUGCCUCCAGCAUGUCCCUGUAUGACGGUAUCAGUGUAGAGACGGCCCCAGUACCGGAGAUGGCGCCCGCCAUUGGAGGCACAGCUACAGAAAACAAGUCUCUCAGUGGGUGGUCGUCAGGGCUCAAACUGAUGGCGUCGCAAAUCCAGAGGAACAAGAAAGCCCUCAAGGCAACUCAACAAAGCUCAGUGCUGAAAGCAAGGCCGACUCCUGGAGCUUCAGCAAAUGUUAUCAGUCAACAGAUGGCCCCCCCUCCGCCAGUGGUGACAAUGAAGGACUUCAUUGAGAAUGACCUGGCUAUUGAAUUGCAGGACGAAUAUGAUCCACUCGCUCCAAAUAACUACGAGAGCAUCUAUCAAGAGAGGAAGGUCAAGCAAGAGAAGGUUCGGGAAGAAGAGCGCAAACGUCGCCAUGAAGAUAGAGACCAAAGAAGGAGAAGAAGACGCUCUGAUAGUGAUAGUGACAGCGAUGAUGAUAGAAAAUCUCAAAGGAGCCGUCGCAAAGAUGCAGCUGCCAUUCCGCCACCUGCUAGCAUGGCCAUGCCCCCACCCCCCACACUCAGUGCUCCCCCUGCUGCUGACCAAAAACAGGAGGGAGACAAAACAAUAGUUGUAUCGUCCGUGCUUGAAGAGUUGAGUAAGAAGAAAGCACCAAAAGUUAACCCGUUUGGGAAGCCUAAAUUUGGGAACUUUGCUUCCAACUUCAUGUCUAAAUAUGGCUGGGAGGAGGGUCAAGGUCUUGGUAAGAGCUCUCAAGGCAUUAGCACAGCACUGACGGUUGAGAAGACGAGCAAACGAGGGGGAAAGAUCGUCAACACGGCAGCUGAGCAAGGUACUCCCCCACCAUCCCGCACACACACACACACACACAAUCUAGAGCUACAAGCUGAGGAAGAGAAGAAAAAGGAACAGUCUAUGGUGGAGCUGCUGAAGAAUCCCACCAAAGUUGUGCUAUUACAGAACAUGGUCGGCCCUGGCGACGUUGAUGAGGAUCUAGAACCAGAGGUAGCGGAAGAGUGUGCCAAGUAUGGAGAGGUCGAAAGAUGUCUCAUUUUUGAAAUACGUGAGGGUGACAUCUCCGAGGAAGAAGCUGUGAGGAUCUUUGUCCAGUUUGCCAGAGUCGAGUCAGCCAUUAAAGCUGUGGUGGACCUCAAUGGCCGCUUCUUUGGUGGGAGGAUGGUCAGAGGAAGCUUCUACUCUGAAGAUAAAUUCUCCAACUUUGACCUAGCCCCCUAAUAACUGACCCCUCUCUUUAUAAUGUGUGUCUUCUUACACAGUAAUUCUUGUUAAUCAGACUAACUAUGCUCAUAUCCGGAUCCUCAAUUGUGCUUCUAUAUUAAAUUAUGAUUGACAA